AUGGAUGUACAUCAAAUUUUAAAAAUGGAGGUCAACAUUGUCUCAAGAGAAAUGAUUAAACCAUCUUCCUCAACUCAUAAUCUCAAGCCCUACAAUCUCUGCCUUCUAGACCAGCUCAUGCCACCAACUUACGUCCCUAUAGUUCUCUUCUAUCCAGUUAAUAAUAUUCCUGAUCCCAAUUUCGACAUCUCCAAAACCAUAACCCAACUUAAGAAAUCCUUGUCAGAGACACUCAACUUGUAUUACCCUUAUUCAGGAAGAACCAAGCAUAAUCUUUACACUGACGAUUAUUUCUCUGGUGUUCUGUUCUUGGAAGCCAGAGUCAAGUUUCCGAUGUCUGAGUUCUUUGAGAGAAGCAAAGUUGAUGACUUGUGCUACAACCAGCUUCUCCCUUUCCGGCCCUUAUGCCGGGAAAACACGUUCGAUGUUAUCCCUAUCGCUUUUCAAGUGAACACAUUCUCUUGCGGUGGAAUUGCACUCGGUAUUUCCCUAUGCCACAACAAUUCUGACGCUACAAUGCUAAGCAAUUUCCUCAAAUCUUGGGCUGCUUUCUCUAAUGGUGACCUUGAGAAAGUAAUAAACCCUAAUCUUUGUGAUGCGGCUAUUCUCUUUCCCCAGAAAACAGACAACUUUCUCGAAAAAUACACGUCUAUGAUGGAUCGGUUAUGGUUCAACGAAGGAGAUUUCACUACAAGGAAAUUCGUCUUUCGUACAGAAGCCAUAGAAACUCUAAAGGAAAGAGCGAAAACCGAGCGAGUGCCAACCCCGUCACGCAACUUCGUGGUGUCCUGUUUCAUUUGGAAGCACGCGACGGAGGCUUCUUGGGCGGUCUCGGGAUCACCGAGGCCGUCGCUGGCUAGCCAUGCAGUCAACAUUCGGCCGCGAAUGAAGGAAAGCUCGCUUGAUGGUGCCACCGGAAACCUCUUCUGGUGGGCAAUGGCGGUAUUUGACCCUAACGAUGGAAAUGUUGAGAGUGCUAGUUCUACGGACGUGGAGUUGAGUGAACUGGUUGAUAAGCUGAAGGAAGCCAUGGAUGGUUUCGAGGAAGAUUUUAUUUGUGAAGUGACGAAAGGCAAUAAAGAGGGAUCUUGUGAGGUUUUGAGCCAGCUGGAGCUUAUGUCUUCGACGGAGGUAGAAAAGCCUGAUGUUUUUGCUUUCUCGAACUGGAAAGGUUUCUUUAAUGAGGUUGAUUUUGGGUUUGGGAAGCCAUACUCGAUUGGAAGCGUGGGAAAAGUUGGCUCUGCGUGUAGGAAUACGGUGAUAAUGGUUGAUGCAGAUCGAUGGGGUAAAGGAUCGGUUGAAGCUGUCAUUACAUUGGAAGACAAGAGAAUGGCUUUUCUGGAAUGUGAUUCCAGUUUUUUAGCUUUUGCUUCUCCGAUUUAAUAAUAAAUAAAUUUAUGUAGUUAUUAAUAAGAUCUGCCCUUGGCAUGUACGUUUCAUAAAAUUAAAAAAUUUCCAGUCUCUC